CAAAAUGACUCACUGAAGUUUGGGCCACUCACAGUUUUACACACAGUUUAUUUGACUGAGUGUCCCCAUGAUCUUCUACAACUUGAUUAUAAUCCUUGAAAAGAUAAGUUCAUCCUGAGGAAAGCAACUUUGUUCAGUCCAAGGAAGUCACCGCUGUGAUGGCACCACUGAUGUUUAAAGAUGCCUUCUGGGGCGCGGACUUCACGUGUCAUACCGGUUAUGAAGCUCUGAUCCAGAGGUUACAAGAUGGAAGACAAAUGGGCAAAGAUGUGGAGGAGCUUCUAAAAAUGAGGGCUCUCGCAGAGGAGAAGUAUGGGAAAGAACUGGUGAUUAUUGCUCGUAAAGCAGGGGGACACACAGAGAUCAGCACCUUGAGAGCAUCCUUUGAACAAUUAAAAACACAAAUCGAGAACAUCGGGAACUUCCACAUCCACUUGUCUAAUAUAUUGAAAGAGGAGGUGAAAAAGAUCGAGACAUUCAGAGAACGGCAGAAAGAGCAAAGGAAGAAGUUCCAAAGCAUCAUGGAGAAGGUUCAGAAGAAAAAGGUGACAUGGUACAAGAAGACUAUGGAGUCUAAGAAAAACUACGAGCUGAGAUGCAGGGAGGCGGAUGAGGCUGAGCAGGGGGCUGAGAAAGCAACUGUCACAUCCAAAAACGCAGACAAGGUACGUCACAGGGCAAAGCAGUACAGACAGACAGCAAAUGAAGCAGAGAAGCUGUACUCUAACAACGUUGAGCAGCUCGAAAGCAUUCGCCAAGACUGGGAGGAAACACACAGAAGCACUUGUGAGGUGUUCCAGCAACUUGAGGGAGAUCGCAUCAGCAUGCUCAGGUAUUCUCUCUGGGACCAAUGCAAUCAUUUCUCCAUGCAGUGUGUCAAAGACGACGAGUUUCACGAGGAAGUGAGGAAGCUGCUGGAACAGUGCGACAUCACAACAGACAACAACUGUUUCAUAGAGAUGAAGGGCACAGGGUCCAGGCCUCCAGAGCCCAUAGUGUUCGAGAACUACUACAAGAGAGACAUAUCCAGGGACAGCAAUGGCCAAGUUCAUUUUGAAGAAAGAGGAGGCGACACGAUGAGGUUCUCAGAAGGCCUGCUGGCAAGUUCUGGGACGAUCAGUGUCGACAGUCUUGAAAAUGCAUCACCAACAGUGACAUCCAUUGGUGAAGUGGAGAGCUCAGAUGAUGGAUAUGCACCUCUGCCAGGCCUCCAGCGUGCAGCACCACUGGACACUGAGCAAGCUGACGGAGACAUUUAUGUUGCACUAUAUGAAUACGCAGCACGGGAGGGGGACGAGCUGUCUGUCAGUACAGGAGACAUGGUGCGAGUGUUGGAACAAGGAGAAGACGGCUGGUGGACAGUGGAGAGGAAUGGGCUCAGUGGACUGGUGCCAGGAAAUUACCUACGCAAAAUCUGAACAUACAGACAUAAACAAACAACAAGUCAAAUAACACCACACCAAAAGAAUAUUCAUAUGCAUAAGGGGGGGGGGGGGCAUUAAGUAAUGUUGACUGGUCACAAACUGCCAGACUUCAAGACUCGUUACUUUUUCCACCAAAGUGAACCAGGGGCUGGUGUUAGUGCUGUGAGGAGCUGGUUCAACUUGCCAACCGUCUCAGAACCAGCUUGCUUUUCUUAAUACACUGAAUACGUCUCUGAUUUCCUGGCAGCACUUGCGCGCCAUCUAGGCCUCUGGGACUGGAACCUGUUACAUGAUGCACGUUGUUUUGUUAACUAAAUCUAAAGCCGUAGAAUUGAAUACAUAAGACCAUAAUGUACUCAAUUUUAAAUGCUGCCGUUAUCCAGUCUCUUUUUUUUUCAUUCUAAUUUUAUGAAUACAAUUGCUAUUUCUAGUCUACUAAUGUAUUUUCUCUUUAAAUGGCAAGGUACAAUGUAAUUGGCAAUGAGAAUUUCACAUUUUUCAAACAACACCAUGGAGCCUGCCUCUGUUAGCUGCUGAGCCAUAGCAGUGGUGUCCUGAGGAUUAGCAACCAGAAAGCAUUGCAUUGACAGAGAGAGAGAAAGAGAGAGAGAGAGAGAGAGAGAGAGAGAGAGAGAGAGAGAGAGAGAAACAAAGCACAGUGAGUGAACUGCUACACACUUUUUUGUUUUGGAGAGAAAUUUGGUGCUACAAUGCAAUGUAAAAGUGAAGUUAGCAAACACAACUCAAACGCAGCUAACUGCUACAGUGUGAGCAGAUUAGGCUAAGCAACUGAGUAGUGAUCUGUGUUGUGAAGUAUCUCAUCUCCCUGCUGUAUCCAGUUUUCAUUUUACCAAACCAAACAAACAAACUGUGACUAUUUGAAGGUGGCAUGUUUAUGAUUGGUCAAAUCAACAAGGACUCACCGUACUAAAAAUGUUUCAGUUGCAACUGCUUACUGCAGAACAACUAGUGUUAACGUAUAGUGUAAGCCAAAAUGAAAACUCAUCUGAACUCUGACCAUCACGUUAAUGACAGUUACGUUAAUGAAUUCCUCUCCAAUUGACAAUCACAUGUUGCCGUAGGCCAAAUGUGAUGUUAUACAUCUUAAAUAGCCAUGAUGUGACCUGCUCUUGACCAGCAGCUUCAGCACGGUAUGAACCAGUCCCAUGACUGUUCAUUAUAUUUAAAUUAUACGCUGUGUAAAUAUGUAGUGCAGUAGUGUAAUAUGUCUGUGGUCCAUAAGUUAUUUUCUGUGAACUCAGGUAGUCUACCAGCAACUGGACUGUAUUAACCAUGCUAAUAAAAUAUCAAUCAAACAGUCAA